UAACCCCCAGGCCCACACCCCUUUAAGAGACGUGGGAUGCGACGUGUGUCAUCCAACCCUGUCCAAGAAGCUGCCGAGGGGAGGAGAGUCUGGAUGGACAUAUAGACAGGCCAAAAAAACAAACAAACGACAGGGGAAGGAGAAAAGGAAAUUCUCUUUUCGUUUUCCUGUUCCCGAGCAUCUUGCGCUGCGCAGUGUUGGCUACGGGGAGCGGUGCGCAUUUUUCUGUCGGUCUGAGGGAAGGACCACAGCGUCUGAAGCGGCAUUUCUGAGCCGAGACUGACGGAUCAAAGAGGAAAGAAACGCCACAAUCUGACGACCCACUAUUGCAUUGCGGAUUCUUCAUUUAUUCAAAGAUUUCUUUUUUUCUUUUUUAAUGCAACGUCGAGGGAGGGGAAAAGGAGCCAAAGCUGAUGCGCCCCUCCGAAAGGGAUAUUUGACCGACUUAUGCAGCGUUGAUUACAUUCCAUUUUUUUUCCCAGAAAUACUUUUCGGCAAUUAGAAGAGCCUAUAACCUAGCUGGCCUAUUUUUUUUUUUUAAAUAAUUUCUGCGGGGUGAGAAAAUAGCUUCCAUCGCCAGUUUGUUACAUAACCGAGUGGCUUUAGCUCUCCAAGGUGCUGAACUGAACGCUCGGAGCCUAUAAAAGGACGAGCCGCGGGGAAUUCACAACCUUGCAAGGUCACAGGCCUAUCAAUCGAGGAGAGGGACGCGCUGGAUCUCAUCUUACUGAACCGCAGGGAAGAAGCUGGGUUAUAUUCUUAUUUUUUCCCCCACACACCGUACCUUGGUGAAAUAAAUUCCUGAGGAGGUCGAUACAACGGAGAGAAAAUGUCGGGGCAAACGCUCACGGAUCGCAUUGCCGCUGCGCAGUACCAGCUAACGGGAUCAGAUAUGGCCCGGGCUGUUUGCAAAGCCACCACUCACGAAGUGAUGGCGCCCAAGAAAAAGCACCUGGAAUACCUGGUGUCAGCCACCAAUACCACCAACGUGAACAUCCCUCAGAUGGCUGACACGCUGUUUGAGCGAUCCACCAAUGCCAGCUGGGUCGUCGUCUUCAAGGCCCUCGUCACCACUCACCACAUGUGUGUCUAUGGUAAUGAGAGGUUCAUUCAGUAUUUGGCUUCCAGGACAUCCUUGUUCAACCUCAGCAAUUUUAUUGACAAAACUGGAUCUCACGGCUAUGACAUGUCUACAUUCAUCAGGCGGUAUGGUCGAUACCUGAACGAGAAAGCCUUUGCCUACCGCCAGAUGGCAUUUGACUUCACCAGAGUCAAGAAAGGUGCUGACGGAGUGAUGAGAACCAUGACCACUGAGAAGCUGCUGAAAGGCAUGCCUGUUCUGCAGACACAGAUUGACACGCUCCUGGAGUUCGAUGUUCAUCCCAAGGAGCUGAACAAUGGGAUCAUCAAUGCUGCAUUUAUGCUUCUCUUCAAGGAUUUGGUCAAACUGUUUGCAUCCUACAAUGAUGGGAUCAUCAACCUAUUAGAGAAAUUCUUCAAAAUGAAGAAGAGUGAAUGCAAGGAGGCCUUGGAGAUCUACAAGCGUUUUCUGACCAGGGUGACAAAGAUUGGAGAAUUCAUGAAGCUGGCUGAGACAGUUGGAGUUGACAAAAACGACAUUCCUGACAUCAACUAUGCUCCCAGCAGUAUCCUAGAAUCUCUGGAAACCCACAUGAAUGGUUUGGAGGAUACAAAAGGUGGAAAGAAGGGUGAAGGGUCUCCAACAAAGGGGUCUCCAACAAACAAUGUGUCUCCAACAUCAACCCCAGCCAAAUCUUCAAAUGCUGUUCCCACACUGCAGCCUCCUCCCGGGGACGGUGCUGGCGGCGCUGCUGCUUCAGCCGCUUCUGAACCAGCUGAAGAUUCUUUGCUAGACCUGGAUCCACUGGCUUCCUCUGGUCCUUCAGCACCAUCAGCUGCCCCCACAUCUUGGGGAGAUCUUCUUGGAUCAGAAAUGGGCGAUUCCUUGCUAUCUGAACCCACCCUCGCAGCCGAGCCCACCCCCUCCCUUGCAGCGGCAUCGCCCACUCCUGCAGCAGCAGAACCUGGAGUCUCUCUAGCUCCUCCCACUAGCACAGCAGCUGCCACUUCCCCUGGCGCCGCCAAUGUGGAUCUGUUGGGAGAAGCCUUUGCAACUCCUGCUCCUGCUGCUGAGGCUUCUGCAGGAGCAGCUGAAGGCGGGGCUGCCGCUACAUCCACCCCAGCCCCCAACGCUGGAACUGCGGAUGUGUUCAGCUCCUCUGCCCCCAUCCUCUCUUCAGCACCCCCAUCCAAAAUUGACACAGGAGCCAUCAUGAAUCUGUUUGGUGAGUCCAUAGGAGGAGAUGCCCCAGCUGCUGCUGCUGCUGCUCCUGCUGCCUCCAGUGCUGAACUGAUGUCAGUAUUUGAUGGCUUAGGGGAUGUAUUGAAGCCCACUGUGACCCCUCAGGCUGGGGAUGUUGACACCUCUAUGGCUAACAUGGCAAGUAAUCUCACAAUGGGAACUACAGCGGCCCCUCAGGUAGCUCCCCCAAGUUGGGGUGCUCCCAUGGCUGGAGCACCAGUUGCUGGAGCUCCCAUGAUGCCAAUGGCGAGACCGGGCUUCCCGGCCACUGGAGUGACCCCAGGAGCACCGAUGUCUCCCGGAAUGGCUCAGAGCCCCAGGAAGCCUCCACCACCAAGGAAUGCUCUGGAUGACCUCAAUAUUAAGGACUUCAUGUAGACUGACUGAUGCAUAACCCCCCAAGAUUUUGUCAUUGUGUCUGGAGCUCUGUGGAUGUGGAUGUCUGCACUCCCCCCACCCCCACCCCCGCCCUUCAGCCAACCAGCCAUCAACUCUUUGUCCUCUGACCUCCUAUCAGCCGCGACCCCUGAAGACAGCCUGCCCUCCUUAUGUAAUGUUGUAGCACAACUGUGAAUGUGAACCCUAGAUACAGAAAACCAAUUCUGUUUAAGUGUGUGUGGGUGUGCGUGUAAUUCAGUGUUAACAUUUACUUAAUAUACUACAGAAAAAUUAACAAAAAAAAAUCAGUAAAUGUGUAUUUAGAUUCAUUCUGGAUUUUGGCGUAUCAGCUGACUUGGAAUGGUGGAUAUAUGUUGGUUUCUUUGCGCAUCUCCCAGACGAGGACUGUGUUGUUUAAUGUGGACCGUGUUCGGUGUAACUUCACUGGCCAACUCCCGCUCCUCUAUCCCUGUUGUUCAGACUAAUACUGUUUACUGUCAUUAAAGACUUGGUUGUACCUAUAUAUCAGAUGGCCAUCCAUCCCACCUGUCUACUUCAAGUUUUUGGGAGAACAGCUCCUUAUCAAAAUGCACUUAAACACCACUUGCACUGCAAAUCUGGUCUUAUCACUGAACACAUCAAGUAGUGUUUGGUUUCAUUUUCACUAUCGUUUUUUUUAGGGAUUGUAUGAAACAUGCAAAAAUUGACAUAUGCAUUUUAGACUAUUUUAAAUGACAGAUUAUACAUAUUUUCUUUAUUUUGAGUGAUAAAAUGUAUCAUAUAUUUUUAGUUACAUUAAAUUAUAUAGUUGGAAAAAAGGCAAGUGGACUAAAAAGUUUCCCACUUUGUUUGUACAUACCUCUGAAGCUGGAACAAAGGCAGUGCUGAAUGGAAAUGUUGCUCAGAGUGUGUGAUGUGUCGCCCUUUGCUGGUGUGGAGUGGUACUGCAUCAUAGCGUGCAACACAGGUGAAUCUGGGAGGCACUCUGAAAAAGUCCCAUUCCUUGUUUUUGUCUCUGCAUACGAUUAGUUAAGGUUAGGUUGGAACUCAAAGAAAUGAGGAAGCAUUUGUGUUUGUGACUUGAAAGGGGGCCUCAGUGCUUUUUGGGUGAUUUGUGAUAGAGCAGCAUUUGUUUAUGUGCUGCUACUGAAAUAUAAGGAGCUCACUGUAAAGCACGCAAGUAUACACUGGAUGUUCUGUGUAUUAUUUCCAAAAAAAAGUGACUGUAUCUUAAUCCAUUGUGGCAUUAACAAAGUGUUGAAGAAAAAUAAAAAUGACACACAAAAACAAGAAGAAUGUGGAUGAACAUGAAACAUGAAGGAUUCCUUUCUUUUUUUUUCUUUUUUUGUUUUUUUUGUUACUUGGAUGGCAUCAUCCUCCCUCCCUCAACCCCACCUGCAUGUGAGUCCAAAUGAGAUGCAAUAAAAAAUGAAUCCAUUGA